AUGGCUUCUGCUAGCCUUGGAAGUGGAAAUGGAAAUGGAAAUGGUGGUGUUGGUAGUUCUAGGUCUGCUUUAAGAGGUUCUUCAAGUUCUGUUGAUUGGCUUGGGAGAGAGAUGCUUGAGAUGAGGCUCAGAGACAAAGUUGACCAUGACCUUGAUGAUGAUGAUGAUGAUGAUGAUGAUGAUGAUGAUGAUGACAGAGAGAGUCAGCCAGAUAUCAUUGAUGGCGUCGGUGCUGAAACAGGACAUGUAAUACGAACCAGCAUUGCUGGACGAAAUGGUCAAUCUAAGCAGAAUGUUAGUUAUAUCGCGGAACACGUAGUCGGGACAGGCUCUUUUGGCACUGUUUUUCAAGCAAAAUGUAGAGAAACAGGAGAGAUUGUUGCCAUCAAGAAGGUUCUCCAGGACAAGCGUUACAAGAAUAGAGAGUUACAGAUUAUGCAAAUGCUGGACCAUCCAAAUAUUGUCGCCCUGAGGCAUUGUUUCUUUUCAGCGACCGACAAAGAAGAGCUUUACUUGAAUCUUGUACUAGAAUACGUUCCUGAAACCGUGAAUCGUAUUGCGAGGAACUAUAGCAGGAUUAACCAGCGAAUGCCUUUAAUAUACGUGAAACUUUAUACGUACCAGAUAUGCAGGGCCCUUGCUUACAUACACAAUUGCAUCGGAAUCUGUCAUCGUGACAUCAAACCUCAGAACCUACUUGUGAACCCACACACACAUCAGUUGAAACUUUGUGAUUUUGGGAGUGCAAAAGUGUUGGUGAAAGGAGAACCUAAUGUUUCAUAUAUUUGUUCAAGAUACUAUCGUGCCCCAGAACUUAUAUUUGGUGCCACUGAAUAUACAACGGCCAUAGAUAUAUGGUCAACUGGUUGUGUAAUGGCUGAAUUACUUCUUGGACAGCCCUUGUUUCCUGGAGAGAGUGGAGUUGAUCAGCUGGUUGAAAUCAUCAAGGUUUUGGGAACUCCUACAAGGGAAGAGAUAAAGUGCAUGAACCCAAAUUAUACUGAAUUUAAGUUUCCGCAGAUAAAACCUCAUCCAUGGCACAAGGUCUUUCAGAAACGUUUACCUCCAGAAGCGGUGGAUCUUGUCUGUAGGUUCUUUCAGUACUCUCCUAAUUUGAGAUGCACUGCUUUGGAAGCUUGCAUUCACCCAUUCUUUGAUGAAUUGAGAGAUCCAAGCACCCGCCUUCCCAAUGGACGCCCACUGCCUCCGCUGUUUAACUUCAAACCUCAGGAACUUUCUGGUAUUCCACCUGAUGUCAUCAACCGGCUUAUUCCAGAACAUGCCCGUAAACAGAACUUAUUUAUGGCUUUGCACACCUAG